GGAGCCAGGGGCUCUUAGAAUUAAAUGAAGCCUUAACUAAGAACAAGCUAUUUCUUCAUCGAAUCAUGUCCAAGUAGCAUUACUGCAUCUUGCCUGCGUGCGAGGGAUAGUUGAAUGAGAUUUUAAUGUGAAUAAUGAGGCAGAGACAAAGUGCAGCUAAAUCUGCACCCAGAUCUCGAAAUCAUGAUAUUGAAAUAAAAGGAGGAGACGAAGAAGACAUUUCCAUGAAAUCAUCUCCAAAAAUCAUAUUUGCAAUUUGUCUAGCUUUUCGAAUAGCAAAUGCCCUGUUAAUACAAACUUAUUUCAACCCGGAUGAGCAUUGGCAAGCCCUUGAAGUUGCGCAUUACAUUGUAUUUGGGUAUGGUCACUUGACCUGGGAGUGGAAGAAGGGGAUUCGUAGCUAUUUGCAUCCGCUGGUGUUUGCUUUGCUGUUCAAAGUUCUUGCAUUGUUAGGUCUUGACACGCCUUGGAUUAUGACCAAGAUGCCACGUCUAAUGCAGGCCCUAUUUUCAGCAGUUGGAGAUUUGUAUCUGUACAAACUUUCUUAUGCUCUAUUCAAUUACCCUGUGGCUAAAUAUGCUCUCUUCUGUCAAUUGGCAAACUGGUUCAUGUUUUUCUGCUUCAAUAGAACAUUGUCAAACAGUUUGGAAACUGUUCUUACACUGGUGAGUUUGUACUACUGGCCCUGCAUGAGAGAAUCUCCCACUAAAAUGACCGUGAUUUCAAGGAAGUGGGCUUUGCUUGUAGCAGCACUAGCUUGUGCAAUUCGACCAACCAGUGCUAUCAUAUGGGUCUAUGUUGGCCUUCUUGAGCUGUUUGUGACAAGUGAUAGAUUGAGAUUCAUAUUUUUGGAAGUGUUUCCCAUCGGGGCCUUGGUGCUUGGACUAUCAUGUUUCUUGGAUCGUUUGAUGUAUGGCUCGUGGAUCAUUGUGCCUCUUAACUUUCUUAAGUUCAAUUUUCUUUCUUCUGGCGGAGAUUAUUAUGGAACUCAUAAGUGGCACUGGUACUUCUCUCAGGGAUUUUCUGUCAUGCUCUUCACUUUCUUACCAUUUUCAAUAGCUGGGAGCAUCAAGUCCAAGUGCUGGAAGUUUUCUGGUCUUAUUGCAUGGGUGUUAAUUCUUUACAGUGUAUUAGGUCACAAAGAAUUCAGGUUUGUCUUGCCUGUGCUGCCAAUAGCUUUGAUGUUCUCUGGAUAUGCGUUAGCUGUGAUGGCAAGACCUGAUUCUCCAGAUGGUAAAAGGAAAGGUUCUUCGACUGGUCAGACCAGAUUGCUGUCAAGAGUAGGAUUUGCUGUUGUGUUCUUGUUAGCUACCAAUAUUCCAAUGGCAUUCUAUAUGAGUUUGGUACAUCAGAGGGGAACUGAGGAUGCAAUGAUAUAUUUAUCCAAAGAAGCCCAAAAUGAGAAAGUGAAAAGUAUCUUAUUCCUAAUGCCCUGCCAUGCUACGCCUUACUAUUCCACGCUCCAUCACGACCUGCCCAUGCGAUUUCUAGACUGCUCACCGAGUGAAGAGAAAGGAAUCCCUGAUGAGUCGGAUCGUUUCAUGAUGGAUCCUGUUGGUUUUACAUCAGAAUUGGCAAAAAACUGGUCUCAGCCAAGUCAUGUUGUAUUGUUCGAUUCAGAGGAGAGACUGGUGAAGGAUUUUCUGGUUUCGCACUCAUUCAGAGAGGUGAGGAGGUUUUUCCAUGCUCACUUCAAGGUGGAUCGUGAUCUUCAAGCAUCAGUUGUUAUUUAUGCAUUAAAUCAUUAAUUCUUUUUAUUUUUAUUUUUGCAACUAAUCUUUUUUUAUGACUAUGCUUUUCUUGUUAUAUUAUUAGUUUUUUUAUGCACGAACUUUGCACGUGA